CAAACAACAAACCUGCAUCACUUGCUCUGCUUUGUGUAUUUAUCUCAGGAAGGUGACCAAAGAAAGCCUCGUGGAAACUAGUAGCAAUAUCACAGAGAGCCUGAUGUCUGUCAGCAGGAUGAUGGCUGAACAAGUGAAGCAGAGUGAGGACACCAUCGGCGUCCUGGGCACUUCCUCCAGGACAGUGCAGGAAACCAACGAGGAGUUCAGGAGCAUGACAGGAACCAUCCACCUGGGCAGGAAGCUGAUCUUCAAGUACAACCGCCGGGAGCUGACAGACAAGCUGCUGAUCUUCCUGGCUA